ACAAAAUGUCGAUGGACGCACACCCUGAUAGCCGACCUUUAAACAUGGUUGAAAAGACCGCACGGGGAAGUUGAUUCCUACCUGACGCAAUUCCUCACCCGUCAUGGUUACUUACUGGGCAGGGUAGACUCACCGUUCUGUAACAACUGUGGAAACGUCGAAGAUAACGUACAUUAUACAUUCUUCCCUUGCGAGCACUUUUUGACUUCGCGCAGAAUGUUGUAAGAAAGAUACGGAGACAUAACCCCGAACAACGUAAUUAGUGUAAAGAUCUCCAGUGCAGACAAGUGAGAAGCAGUUGCCAGAUACGUGAAAUUCGUACUCCGCUGCAAACGAGAAGAUGGAUGUCUACUGAGGACACCCGAAUGAAACGCCCCUACAAAAGAGCAGCCCUGAGGCUCUAGUAGCGCGCUCCUGCUUCUGACGACAUGCAGAAUUGCGGCGCCAGAUGCGGGAUUCUUGCGCGGGCGGUGGGGGACUGGGUUUUAGUGGGUAGCCUAACAUGCUUCGGUGCAUAAUAAUAAUAAUAAUAAUAAUAAUAAUGUGAGAAUCUCCUAUGUUUUUGGCUAAGUUUAAAUAUUUGAGUGUUAUUGAAAAAAAUUACACUUUACUUUACGCGCAUAAGUUUCAUAUUCUUAGUGAAGGGGAUGAGAACAAACUAGUACAACAUAAGGGAGCCAUAAACAAAUCCAGCAUUCUUAUUUUCUAUGAUAUUUGUUUUUUUUAUUCCGUCGAACUAGUACUCUCGCUAUGUUGCAGUCUACCAUUCUUGCUGCAUUUUUUACGGCUUUCAUUUAUAUUUAGUGAAAUUAUAAAAAUAAUACUAAUUUCUGAAAAAAAUUCACGGGUAUGAAAAAUAAAGCUGUAUAUUGACCGCUGAGUGGAUGAUCGACCAUUCUCGGCAGCCGAUUCAAAAACGCCCUAUUUGAGACAGAAGUUUUCAAGAACGCCCGAUUUCAGAAUUUGGUCGAAGAACGCCCCAUCUCCGAGUUCGAUUCAAAAACCCCCUAUUUUAAUAUUUUUUCAAUAUGUUUUCAGAUGUGAUCGGGCAUUUUUGAACCAAAUUCCGAGGUAGAGCGUUCUUCAAACAAAUUCUGAAGUAGCACGUUUUUGAGCCAUUUUCUGAGAUAGGGCGUUUUCGAACCGGGUACCGAGAUAGGUCGAUCUUCCACUCAGCCGUCGAUAUACAUACUCCCCGGGAGUAUUCAGAAUUGGGCUGUUUAUGUCCCAGCUUUACGAGUUACGGAAGAUGGACCCUGCAGUCCACCCGUCCUUAAAAGUGUUAAAAGUAUUUUUAUUUUUUUAAUAUUAUAUAAUACGGUAUGCUUCACUGCACAUGAGGAAGUCUCAGCUUUGCAAGUUACGGUAGAUGAAGCGUACAGUCAGCAAUUUCGCAGCGAUAUUUCUCCAUCCAAAUCACCCAUUGAGGCAACACCAUCCAGAACGAACAACAAAUAGUGGUGUUGUGUUAAAACAUAUUAGGAAGCGAGAAGAGUACGACGACCGUAUGUUUAAGCAGAAAACAAGGAAUAAUGACGCUCUACCUAAAUUGGAGAAGAAUGUUUGACUCUUGCUGAAGCUAUAAAAAGCCUUGAGCUGAUGCCAGGUAAAACGCUUGCUUCGCUUUACGUGACAGAUUCGCUUUGACAGAAAAGAUAAAUACAUGCAAUAAUACUAAGAUUCCCACAUAAGCAACGCUGACGCCAAAGCGACGCCGAAAGCUCGCCAACUCUCAUCUUUUCGCGCGCGUUGAGCGUCAGCUGAUUUUUAUUUUCCUUUUAUUCUUCACAUUCGCUUGAGACGGACGCGAUAAAUUUUUAAUUUUUUUCAAAAAAGCAAGGUAAAUGUAAAAUUUUACUAAAACAAAUCCUUAGUAAUUAGGUUUUUAACCUUUCAGCAAAGGAUGGAGGAGAAACUAAUUGAGGCCAUCAAAAUGCAGCCAUGCCUGUUCGACAAAAGUUCCAACUUAUUCCGGAAUAAGUAUCUGAAGGAAUGGGCAUGGCAGGCAGUUGCGGCUUCCGUAGGAGUUUCUGAGGAACACUGCAGAAAUAGAUGGAAGUCGCUCCGGGACAGAUUUGUACGGGAGGUGGCAGCCAAUCGGCCAAAAUCCGGAGACGCUGCCAAUUACAAGCCGGAAUGGUGCUUUAUGGACGCUAUGCGCUUCCUAACAAAGCACAUAGCUCCUAGAAGAACAAUCUCAAACUUGGAUUUUGACGAUGAUCAACCCUCAAGCAGUAACUCCCCACAAAUACCACACAGCAAAAGUGGCGAAAUGAUGGAGGAAAUGGUCGAGUUUGUGGAAGAGGCGCCCAUUACCGGUGCAAUCACUCCAGCAGGAAGGAAGCGCAAGCGGGUGGAAGAAUCGCACGAACGAUUUGAUCGUCUGUGUGGCAGUAUUGAGGCCGUAAUUGCGAGCAAAGCCCGCUACACCGAUUCUGAUAACAGCGCCUUCCUGCAAAUGCUAGACGAGUGCCUCAAGAAAAAGCCCGAUCACGUGCGUGAACGGCUAAAAAUUGAAUUGCUAACGCAUGCAUAUAAUGCAAGCUAAAACUGAUAAUUUUUUCCUAAUUUAAUUAAUUUUUUUAUGAAUUAUGUUUAAUUUUAGUAUAUCUUGACAUAUCGAUGGUCCUUACUACUGUUAAGUGGCUCAUGACUCAAAUCCAUGUCGAAUCCAUGUACUUACUUUAGCAAUCCUUAAGGCUCCGUUAUGCAUACUUGGCAUGGCUUGAGAGCUGUCACAUAAGAAAUCUGUUAAAUGUGCUUCGCGUGUAAUCGGUUAUCGAACGCACAGCAUUACAUACGUAGAAGUCUGUUGGUUUUUGAUUUCUACGUAAAAAUGGUAUAGCAGUGCAUGCAAUGCCAAGUAUGCAUAACAGAGCCUUUACUGCUUACCUUAGUAAGGAUUGCAAAUGGA